UUCACACACUCUCUCCUCUCUGCUGCUUCUGUCACCGCUCUUUAAUUCUGCUCCAUGAAACCGUUGCAACACUAAGCUUGCUCUUCUUCAUACAAUCACUCAUAACCCUCUGUCUUGUGACCCUUUUCAGUUUUGAUCCUCAAUCUCUACAUAAAUUAUUCUGGUUUUGUGCAUUUCCCCCUGUUAAAAUUUGUUGUUGACUGCUUAUGAGAACAGUUAGGUGUAUUGAACAUUGUGGGGUUGGAAUCUUGUUGUGAAAUUUUCUUGAGAUUAGAGGAGCUUGAAGAGUAAAUGCAUGGAUCGUGGGGACCAAAUGGCGUUGUCUGGUUCUGCAUCUUAUUAUAUGCAGAGAGGAAUGCCUGGUUCUGGAACACAGCAACCUGACUUGCACAAUUCGCCUAGUAUGCGUCCAUUGUCGAAUCCUAACCUCCCAUUUCAGCAAACCAUUGGGGGUAGUACCAUUGGAUCCACGAUGCCAUUGGAAUCUUCGGGGAUGUCGUCUCAAUGUGUCAAUGUUGGUGCCCCUGCUGGAGCUCCUUCCGGAGAACCGGUCAAAAGGAAGAGGGGUAGGCCUAGGAAGUAUGGGCCGGAUGGAACCGUUUCACUGGCAUUGACUCCAACGCCAGCUACUCAUCCAGGAACCAUGACACAACAAGGCCAGAAACGGGGUAGAGGUCGCCCCCCAGGGUCUGGGAAGAAACAGCAGCUGGCUUCUCUUG